AAAAUAUAAUCUCACAUUAACUCAACAAAUCUGAUGUUUUGCGGUUCAUAAACAACCUUUCUGAUGACCCUCUGCUGAAGACGCUUGGGCCUAACUUCAGAUCCUAUUUCUAUCGAGCUUUUCAUCAGUUCAAGAGAGUCUUUGCAGAAUUUAAAAGCUCUCACCAUGAGGCCAAUUUUCUCUAUGCAGUUACAACAUUUCAUCAAAGAGAAACUGGAAAAGAAUGAAUUCACAGCAGCUCUUGCAAAUGAGGAAUUAGUUUUCUUUAUGUUUUUAUUUAGGGCAAAGAUUCAUGAAGUUCCCAAAUUGCGUGAGGAAGGAUCUCCUAAAAUACCACUGCAAUGUGCACGUGUUAUAAGGAUGGUCCGAGAUGGCUGUUUCGGCUUUAAAGACUAUUUUCAAUCUCUAUGUGAUACUGUGGACGGUGGUAAAGACUUCUAUUUGCUUGGUUCUGAUUUUGAGAGCUAUUUAGAGGAACAGGCUGCUGUUGAUAAAGCAUUUGCGGAUCCAAAUAAGUGGACUCAGAUGAGCAUCCUUAGCACAGCCGGGUCAGGGAUAUUUAGCAGCGACAGAACAAUCCAAGACUACGCGGAGAAGACUUGGGGAAUUGAACCGUGCAGAUUCCCUUCUGAUGGCUAGCUCACCCUCACCCUCACCCUCACCCUCAUCCACACCCCAGUAGCAACAUUUUACAGAUUUGAAUGGAAUGUAUCGGAAAGAUUAAAUUCUCAUUCCCCAA